GUCAGUAGGUGCGUCAUCUUAAAAUUGCAAGAUGCGUUAUAGGCUAGUGGUACUUUUGGCGAUUGUACAGACACUGCUCUGGUCGACACUGUACGCCGACGAGGUCCCACAAUCUGAGGACCCAUUCCAAGAUGAGCAAGAUCAGUGUCAGAUUACCGUGAGUUCGGAAAUGCUGAAAACCUUAGAACAAUCCAUACAAGCAGCAGUCAAGUGUGAUGAAAAUCUGUGGAGCAACUUUCUUCUACACUACCACGAAACUCAGCAAAACCUUACCGACUGUUUGCAACGGCCCAGUGAUGAAGAUGCACCCGGUGCGUCCGAUGUCUUCUGUCAGCAGCUGUUGGACGAUGCACAGCGAGAGAUGGAGCAGGAACACCGCAAGCACUCGGACGAGCUCGAGAAGCAGCUACACGCAGCCCAGCAGGAAGUUCAAGAAAAGCACGACGAGAAGGUCUUGCUGGAGGGUCAGCUAAACCGCCUCCUGAACGAACGUGCCGAGCUGGUGAUGGAUCUGCUGCUAGCCAACAUUGCGAUCGGUGACACAAAGCAAGCGCUCGCCAACUACCAUGAAUUUCCGGCCAAAGACCGAACGCACGAACUUCACGAGCAGAUCGUACGCUCCGUAUACCGGGUGACGAUCUACCAAGACCAGCGACUGCUAAACCUCCUCAACUUUGUGCGCGAGAUCCAGACCACGGAUGCGAAGAUGGACCUCUACCGGCUGAUGAUGGGGGAGAUACAGAAACGACCGAGUCAGCGUUAUGGACCCAUUGCGGCGGCGUUCGCACUGAAUGUCAAAGCCGACACAACCGCGUACAACGCCGACCAGCAGCUCUACACCAACCUGAUGGUACCGCUCGUGGCGCGCUGGAAAGAUCAGCUCGCGAACGGAAACUAUAAAGAGGUCAUCAGUUUCGCUGCCAAACAGCCGAAAUAUUACGAGCAGAUGCAAACCGACCUAGCGACGGUGGAUGAGGCCAAGUGGGCGAAUCUGAAGUUUGACUUGUUCGUACCGUACAUGAACUCGUUCCAGAAAGCAGCUCUGCGUCUGGAAGCGUUGCGUCAGGUAUUGAAUCAGAUCUGGACACGGAAUAAGCAAAACUCCUACCAGCGUCUAGUGCUGACGGCGAAACAGCUGGACAUUUGCGAGACGUUCAUGAACAGAACGAAAAACCAAGACAAAAACGAUAGACGUAUGCUGGACGACCUGAAAAAGGAGUUCACGAAGUUUGCAUCUGGAAAAGUCUACAAAACGUACUUGGAUGCAUCGCGUAAACCUUCUGGGUAGAUUCCGGUGAUGUCGUCUAUGGGUUCUUCGAUAAUGAUCAUUCGUGAAGUUGAGUACCACACGUAAUUUGCUGUAGUUGUAGCAUGUUGUAGCACAAUUCAAUAAAGAACAUU